AUGAAAUAAAGAGAGGACAGGGAUGCCUUGUACCUCAUGUGGGAUAAGAGAGUCAUUAGAGGGAAUACUUAUUCAAGUGUUUUGAAUAAAUCAGAGCCAACUAUGUAGACAACUAUAAAGAGGAUUCAAAACACUAAAGUAGUGACUGAGAAGAAGGAAGAUGAAACUAUCCAUAAUGAAGAAACACAAACAGACCCCAAUGUUGAAGAGUUAACUGACAAACCACCCCGACAUCUAAAAGAAACUUAAACAGAAUUCAUAAUCGAGAAAGUUGUACCUAGAUUGUACAUGAAAGAGAAGACAGGAAUAGACGAAGAAACUCAAGUGUGGGAUGAUGGAGAAUUGUUUAAUUUUGAAUAUGAAGCUGAGCCAAUUCUUUAGGUAUUAGUAAGAAAGACUUUGGAUUUAAGUCGAAUGGAAGUAUUAUAAGAAGAGGAGCUGAGAGAGAUGAAGGAGAAGUAAGAGCAUUAUUAAAAAUUAAAGCAAAUGGAAAUGGCUGAAUAGGAUAGGUUGGAGAAGAAAGAAUAACAGUUAUACAAUGAGAAUAUUAAACUAAAAUAACAAUUUCAUAAUUAAAAGUAGAGGGAUAUCAAGACACAUGAAAAAUUAGUCAGUCGAGCAUCAGCUAAGAAAUAUUUAUCUAAAUGUGUUAAUUUGGCAUUAUAACAAUUGGAACUUAGCGGAUAUUUUAGAGAUCCUGUUGAAAUAUAAUUAAUAUCUGAAUACUUACCUUGGAUUUAUUAAGAUGUGACAACUGAAUUAUUGAGUUCGAAUCAUAUCUUUGUUGAAUACAACUCAAUGUUGGAUAACAUUGAUGAUGACAUAAGUCGAAGAUAAUAGAUACUAGAUGAAAGAGAAAGGCAAAGAAUUGCUAAAGAAGAGGCAGAUAAAUAAAGAAGAGAGAGAAGAAAAAUUAGAUUGGAAAAGGAAAGAAGGUAGAAAUUGAGAGAGACUGUUUAAGAAUAAUUGGUUACCA